AUGGCUUUAUGUGCUUCUCACGGUCGAAUUACAACUUUGUCGACACUUAGUCGUGAAGUUUAUAUUUUUGACAUAAAAAAUUACACCUGGGUUAGUGGGCUAAAUACAGGACAGGGUGCUAAUACAACAAGUAAAGAACCUCAAACAAACCAGACAUAUAUAACUCCAAACUCCACAGCAAAUAAUGGAAUAUUUAUUGGAAUUGGCAUUGGUGCAGGUGCAAUUGUAUUAAUUGGGAUUUUAUCUUUUGUUGGAUUUUUAUUAUAUAAAAAACGACGUAAAUCUUUAUCAUAUAUCCCAACUCCUGGUAAUUAUAAAAUACAACGUAAAUCUUUAACAGUUAUUCCAACUCCUGGUAGCUUUCCUAAUGAAGAUUAA